AGUCACUUGUGUUUUGGUUUAACGCAGACCGGAGCCCAUUUACUGUGUUUUUCAUGCUUUUUCCACAAUAAAAUUCUUUUAAGGGAUACGAAAACGCUGGUGAUAUAUUGAAAAAUGGAGGACGACGCUCCAGUUAUUUAUGGUCUUGAAUUCCAGGCUCGUGCACUGACUGCUCAGACAGCUGAGACUGAUGCUAUUCGGUUCCUCGUGGGAACACAGUCACUGAAAUUUGACAACCAGAUCCACAUCAUUGACUUUGAUGAUGAGAAUAACAUCAUUAAUAAGAAUGUCCUUCUGCACCAAGCUGGGGAGAUAUGGCACAUUGGCGCCAGUCCUGCAGAUAAGGCUGUGCUUACCACCUGCUAUAACAAAACCUGCGACAGCCGCGUGGUGUCCUGCGCCGCCGUGUGGCGGAUGCCCUCCGACUGGGAGACGGGAAGCCACGAGUCGCCCGACGACUCCGCCCACAACCCCCAGACCCUGGAGCUGCUGUGUCACCUGGACGACAGCGCCCACGGCAACGCCGCCUGCGUUCUGUGGGAGCCCAUGGGGGAUGGCAAGCGUGUGAUUUCAUUGGCCGAUAACCACGCGCUACUCUGGGACCUGCAGGAGAGCUCCACACAGGCCACAGUCUCCAGCACCGCCACCCUCGAGGGUAAAGGUCAGCUGAAGUUUACCUCCGGGAAGUGGAGCCCGCACCACAACUGCAGCCAGCUCGCCACGGCCAACGACACUUCAAUCCGAGGCUGGGACCUGCGCACCAUGAGCCAGAUCUACUGUAUUGAGAACGCCCAUGGCCAGCUGGUGCGUGACCUGGACUUCAAUCCCAACCGCCAGUACUACCUGGCCAGCUGCGGAGACGACUGCAAGGUCAAGUUCUGGGACGUCCGCAACGUCCAGGAGCCCGUGAAGACGCUGGAGGAGCACUCACACUGGGUGUGGAGCGUCCGUUACAACCACAGCCACGACCAGCUGGUGUUGACGGCGAGCAGCGACAGCCGCCUCAUCCUCUCCAACAUGGUGUCCAUCUCCUCGGAGCCGUUCGGGCACUUGGUGGACGACGACGAGCUCAGCGAGGGCGAGGACAACCACCAGGACGACAAGACUAAGGAGCCCCUCAAAGACAGCGUGGUGUCCACCUACGAGGAGCACGAGGACAGCGUGUACGCCGCCGAGUGGUCGUCGGCCGACCCCUGGCUCUUCGCCUCGCUCAGCUACGACGGACGUCUCGUCAUCAACAGAGUCCCCCGAGCCCUCAAGUACCGGAUUCUGCUCUGAGGGGGGGGGGUGGCGGAGGGUCAGGUGAUCUCAGAGUGUCAGCCGUGUGUGUGUGUGUGUGUGUGUGUGUGUGUGUGUGUGUGUGUGUGUGUGUGUGUGUGUGUGUGUGUGUGUGUGUGUGCGUGUGGGUGCUGAUGCACUCCACACGACUCUGUAACUUGAAAAAAUCUGUUCAUAUCCCACUGUAAAAAAACAAACAAACCCAGAAAAAGAAUUAAAGUAACAUUCCACAUAGAAUUUUAUUUGUUGAGUUUUUCAAAUCUCCAAGUGAAUUCUUCUCACUCAUGUUUAAUUAGUGGUUGUCAGCGUUGAAAUGAUUCUGUUUUUUGCCAAACUAAUAAUCAGUGUGGCGCAGA